GCAGUUGCCAUGGUUAACCGGCAGAUUUGACAGCCGGCACGGAGACAGUGGGAGGUUAGACGGAGCUGAGAAGACAGGAUCGGAGAUAUCAAGUUCUUAUUGUGACCUUGAAGAUGGCCAAGGACAAACACAGCAGCAGUCUUCAUUUGCUGGAUCUACCCUGGGAAGAUGUGUUAGUCCCACAUAUCCUUUCGUAUUUACCAUUAAGACACAUUCUCAGCCUCCAAAGGGUUAGCAAACCUUUCCAGUCUCUAGUGCACCUCCAUCUGGCCAAUUGCCGUUCGUUUGACUCCACUCAGCUUGGAUCACAAUUACCCAAGAGAGCUUUUUGUAAUAUGCUUAAAGAUAAUUCAGUUUUGCAGAGACUUGACUUACGGAGCUGCUCUGAUUGGUUAACAGACAAGGAGCUGCUUCCUAUAAUUGGUCAGAAUCACCAUCUCCUUCACAUCAAUUUAAAUAGCUGUGUGCAGCUGAGCCGCCAGUCACUAGUUGCAAUCUCCCUAAGUUGCCCUCACUUACAGAACAUAUGCCUCGGUCACUGUGAGUGGGUGGAUUGUCUUUCCCUCCGUAGCCUGGCCGAUCACUGUAAAAACUUGGAGGCUGUGGAUCUGACUGCAUGUCGGCAAGUCAAAGAUGAUGCCGUGUGCUACAUGGUGUCAAAAAGCAAAAGACUAAAAUCACUCUCACUGGCUGUUAAUGCAAACAUCGGUGACGUUGCUGUAGAAGAAACGGCUAAAAGCUGUCGAGAUUUAGAGCAUCUCGAUUUAACAGGAUGUCUGCGUGUGAAGAAUGAAUCAAUAAGAACUCUUGCUGAAUACUGCAGCAAACUGAAAUCCCUAAAAGUAAAGCACUGCCACAACGUGACCGAGUCCAGCUUAGGAAUCCUGAGGAAGAGAGAAGUAGAUUUAGACGUGGAACCCCCUUUACAACGUGCGUUGGUUCUGCUGCAGGACGUUGUUGGUUUUGCACCAUUUAUUAAUCUGCAAAUCUAGCAAGCUGCAAGACAGCGAGCAAACAUCCCUUAGACUUUUUUUUUUCUGCUCUUAUGAUUUGCUUCAUAAACGCUGGCAAUAAGAAAGCCAUCAUGCCCUGAAACACUGCCAGGAUGGCACACCGACUGUAGCUGGACUUUACAGUUAGCAGUAAACUUUUAAAGAUGUUAUGAGGACGAAGAACAUUACUUUGUGCUAGAGGCGGUGGAGAUUUACUGCUCUAAUUCAACAGGAGGUUGGAUCGUGAUUAUUAGCGCAAAGCGCAUUGUGGUUUUUUGAUUUGUAGACAUUUUACAGGAGAAACAUUCGAUCAUCAGGCUAGACCUGUAGGCUAUGCUUAUUUAUUAAUGUAGAAGAGACUUCUGCAUGCCCCAUCAAACAGUAGAGAUGUUCACAAACAGACACACAGCUUGGUUUUUGUACAGACUAGAAUUACAGAACAGCUUUGGUUAUGACCAAUCUCUUGUAAAUGUGUCUAAAAUGUAUUAUGAUUUUCAAAUGCUUUGCUGAAAGUGUUCUGUGGUUAGACAUCUCAAUAAAUGAAGUUGAUGUAGUGUU